AUGGCUCAAAUGACGCUGAACGUUGAGAAGACGGUGAUCCCUGACGGUGGGAAAAGAGCGUACGUCACUUUCCUCGCUGGAAACAAAGACUACUGGAUGGGUGUGGUUGGUCUAGCUAAAGGACUUCGUAAGGUGAACUCUGCUUAUCCUCUUGUUGUGGCGACUCUCCCAGACGUGCCUGAGGAACACCGUCAAAUCCUGGUGGCUCAGGGAUGCAUCAUUCGUGACAUUGAACCCGUCCAUCCCCCGGAAAACCAAACCGGUUACUCCAUGGCGUAUUACGUUAUCAACUACUCCAAGCUUCGUAUUUGGGAGUUUGUGGAGUAUGAGAGGAUGAUAUAUCUUGAUGGAGAUAUACAAGUGUUUAGUAACAUCGAUCAUCUUUUCGAUGCUCCUCGUGGCUACUUGUACGCCGUCAAAGAUUGCUUUUGCGAGAUAUCUUGGUCCAAAUCUCCACAAUACAAAAUUGGUUACUGCCAACAGUGCCCUGAAAAGGUGACGUGGCCUGUCGAAAGCCUCGGCUCUCCACCGCCGGUAUAUUUCAAUGCUGGUAUGUUGGUUUUUGAACCAAAUCUCGUCUCUUACGAGGAUCUCCUUCGUGUUGUUCAAAUCACGACUCCAACUCUUUUUGCCGAACAGGAUUUUCUGAAUAUGUACUUCAGAGACAUUUACAAACCAAUCCCCUCGACCUACAACCUUGUAUUGGCUAUGCUUUGGCGUCAUCCUGAACAUGUUGACCUUGACCAAAUCAGUGUUGUUCAUUACUGUGCUAAUGGUUCAAAGCCUUGGAGAUACAAUGGGGCUGAAGAGCAUAUGGAUCGAGAAGACAUAAAAAUGUUGGUGAAAAAAUGGUGGGAGAUUUACGAGGAUACGAGUUUAGACUACAAAUACUUCGUUGAGAGUGACUCUAAGCCGAAUCCGAUCAUUGCACCCUUGGCUUCCAAAGAAUCUGUUGGCGAUGUCCUCACCAACCUUGCCCCCUCCGCCGCAUAA